AUGACGGCCGUCGGCGAUGACGGGACGGCGAAGCCUGCCGACCGUCAGUUUAGACGGAAAUACGCGCUGACGGACGUGCUGCGGACGUCUGCCGGCCUCGAGUACUCCGUUCACAGCUGCCCGAGGCAGUACAAGCAGGAUAUGGAGUCCCUGUUUCCCCUGCAGGACGUGUCGAAACUUUUGAUUCUGCCCACGCAGCAGAGGGCGCGCGUGGAUCUGGUGAACACGGGCGAGGAGGUUGAGAAGGAGAAGGACCGCUUAUUGGAGACGUUUGCAGCGUUUGCCUCGGGUCUGGUGGAGCGCCUCUCCCAGCACGGUCACUUCGCUGACUACAUCGACCCCUGCUCUGGCCUCCCUAUGGUGAACCGCAACAGCCAGACAUAUUACGGCGAGGUGGAAGCAGCACAGACGCUGCUGGGGUAUCCGGUGGCCAAUGCGGGCUGCUGCAAGGUGCUGCUGCACCCCCAGUGGGGCUCUGCUGUCUACCCCGCCACCUUCUUCACGUCUGCCCCUCUAGAAGUGCUGCUAGAGGCCUUGAAACACGUCAACUGA